AUGGUUAAGAGACUUGGUUCUUCCUUUGCUAGUCGAUCUAAUGCACUUGUUGGACGUGGUGCUGGACAGGAUCUUACCCAUGGUGGUGGUCGAGUUGGGCCUUAUCCGAACAGGCCUCAAACCAGGACACAGACUAAUCCUCAGCAUGGAGUUGAUCAAGAUACUCCAGCUGUAGUGUCAGUAGUUGCACCUACUGUUACAUUACCUGCAGACGUAGUGGUAAGAAUAUUGAAUGUACUUGAGGCAUUGGUGCCUAAUCUGAGUCAAAUUCCAGCUCCUCAGGAUACUUCACAGACGCAAGCACAAGUUCAGUUGAAUGGUGCAACCUCGCAGGCACCUCUGCCAAUUGAUCGUCCGAUUGCAGCUAUAGGGCAAUCCAAGGAUCUGAAGAGUUUCAUUGAUCUUAAGCCACCGGAGUUUGAUGCUACACCAUUUUCUGUUGAGCCUCAAAAGUUUUUAGAUCGCUGCGAGAAGAUACUGACUACUUUGGGACUGAGGGAGACUCGUGGUGUAGAAUUUACUACUUUUCUGUUCUCAAGGUCUCUCAAGGCGUGGUGGACUUUUGUUUUGAGGAGAAGACAAGCAGGGCUACCACCGAUCACUUGGUCAGAGUUUUUAGCUAUGUUUAUGGAUAGAUUUAUUCCCUUGAGCAAACAAGAUGACAUGAGAUGCCAGUUUUAUAAGUUACGAAAGGGAUCUAUGACAGUCACUGAGUACGAAGCUAAGUUCACUAAGUUGUCCAGUAAUGGAUCCUUUUCUGAGAUGGUUGACACUGCUCUCCGAAUCAUAGUGGACGUUGUUUUGGAGUUGAUGGUUCUUGUUAUACUUGUGGUGAAAGAGGGCAUAUUGCUAAGUACUGUCCUAAGGGAUAUUUUGGGUCUAGUUACACUACUUUUCAGACGCAGAAAAGUGUUGCAGGUACUCAUGCUCACACUCAGUCAGCCAGCUAGGAUUGCUCCUCAAGGUGCUCGUGGACAGGGUCGACAGGGUGCUCAGGGUUCUCAGAUAGUGGGUGGAUCACCGAGAUUCUUUGCUAUGGCCAGGGAGGACUUAGAGGCAUCUAAUGCAGUGGUCAUAAGUAUUAUCACUGUAACUUCUCAUGGAGCAUAUUCUCUUAUUGAUCCUGGUUCUAUGUAUUCGUAUGUGUCCCUCUCUUUUGCUUUAUUCUUAGAGAGAAGGAUUGAGACUCUUGUUGAGACAUAUAUUGUUACGACCCCAGUGGGGGAGACCUUAUCAGUGGAUAGAGUUUAUAGAGGUUGUGUGAUAUCUUUUCAGGGUAAGGACACCAUAGUUGAUCUAUUUGUGUUACCCAUGACUGAAUUUGAUGGUAUGACUCCUGUGACUCAGGGAAAGAUAAUAUCUUAUGUUAAAGCACGUCGAAUGAUUAAUCAUGGGUGCUUGGGUUUCACUGCUACCGUUCAUGACACUCGAGCAGAGGAAGUUUCUAUAAAUAAUGUUCCCAUUGUUCGGGAGUUUAUUGAUGUGUUUCCAGAUGAUUUGCUCGAGUUACUUCCGAUGAGAGAAAUUGAGUUCAACAUUGAUUUAGUGUCUGGGACUCAACUUAUCUCUAUUCUACCUUACCGUAUGGCUCCUGCUGAGUUGAGGAAAUUGAAGGUUCAACUUCAAGAAUUGCUUGAUAAGGGGUUCAUUAGGCCUAGCGUGUCACCUUGGGGUGCACCUAUGUUAUUUGUGAAAAAGGAAGAUGGCACGAUGAGAAU